UACGAAUUUAAAGUCUGUCCUUCAGCUCUUCGUUUUCUGAGCUGAACUAAAACAUGAGCAAGCGUUGUGAUAUUGUCAACCUCAAUGUUGGUGGUCGAAAGUUUUCUACUUCCCGCAAUACACUUUUGUGGAACAAAAACUCAUUUUUCAGCAUAUUACUUGAUGGUGCCUUGCCUACACUAAGAGAUGAAUCAGGGGCUAUAUUCAUAGAUAGAGAUCCAGAUAUGUUCAGUGUCAUUCUCAACUACCUACGAACUAGUGAGGUCAAUCUUAAUGGUGUAGAUAUUAAUUCACUCAAGAACGAAGCUCAGUUUUACGCGCUGGACUCUCUAGUUAAGAAACUAUCUUUAUGUGAAGAAAAUCUUCUAGGCAAAUGUGGAGACCUACUGUUCCAUGCUUACAUGCCCUCACCAGAAUUCAUAUUGGAUGAAUCUGGGAAAAAUUUCAGGUGGGGUGCAAAUAAAGACAGCCAAUGUGGUAAUCAUUCUAGUCCUGGAAAUAAUGUAGGCCUACUGACUUACACCACUGCUAGUUUAUCUAUGAAAAAAAACUCGAGUGCAAUGAUAAAAGGCUCCGAAAAUUUGCAACAUACAAUAAAGAAUUCACCGAUUAAGACACAGAUGACUAAUUCGUUGCGUGAUGCUUCUAACUGUGGUACAAACAGAACUAAAGAUAACGGAAAUACAUCUAAGCAUGACUAUCUACCCGACUGUCCUACACAAAAAAUUCUUGACGAGUCAAUGGCAAGUGCGUCGAAUCCAGUUAAUCAAUCAACUAGUCAGGAUUUUGAAAGUAAUAAUUUACACUCAGCCAAUCCCGAGUUGCAUCAUAAACCUGUAACCUUACUUGUUUGUCAUCAAAGCAUAAUGGCUGCUGCUUACUCCGAUUGUGUAGGUGUAUUCUCGUUAAAAGAUCCUAUUGGUUGGCAUUUAACAUGGUUAAGUCCUAUCUUGCCAGGACCGAUUGAUCGAAUUGCUCUUACUGGAAAAGCACCGAACCAAAACAGUUUCAGUCCUAAUCCUACUCAACCUGGAAUAACAACCACAUCUCUAUUCCCUUUAAAUGCUACAGUGAACUCAUCAAAUAUAAAUCCAGUUGGGAGUAAUUCAACAAACGUUAGUAUAAGCAAUAAUGGUAAUAAUAAUAAUAAUUCGAAUGGCUUUAAUCAACCAUUGUCGAAUAAUGUCAUGAAUUCAAGUUUCAAUACAAGUUCUAACUUUCCUACUAAUUUACCCUCACAGAAUACAUCAUCACAAUGCAAUCAGGCUUCUAUAUCUGGGCCGAAUAAUUUGCCUUCCGUGAUAAACUCAUCUUCAUCUAGUUGUGGAGGAUGUACAUUAGCUGUAGCUGUUGGAUCAACUAUUAGACUGUGGUAUUUAUAUCCACCAUCGGGAUUAAUCUCUGCAGUUGUCUCAUAUGCUGGUACAUAUGGAGUAACUACAUCACCUGCUACUUAUUUUCUCUCUCCAUUAUACCCAUUCAUGCCUAUGCAAGAUGUAAAAAGCUUGGAUAAUUAUCCACCGUUAGCUAAAAUUAAAGAACCUUGGACUUGUGAAAUGGUUGGUCAAUAUGAUUUAAAUAGACGUUCAGUAGAUUAUUUAUUAUUUAUUGGUGCUCAUCUCGUCGCACUCAGUCGAUAUGGUUUAGUUGGUGUACGACAUGUAAUGACUAAUGCAUGGCAAGUAUGGAGUACUGUCCCUAUAUUGAGCUAUGCUGUUGCCGGUUCUGAGUUGUUACUUUUAGGCUGUGCAAGCGGAUGUAUAUGCAGUAUAAAUAUACAAAAAUUCCCUUUACGUAUAGUAGAUAAUGAUCUUUUAGUCACAGAAAUGUAUCGUGAUCCAUUACGUGAUCCAAUCACUGCUCUCAGUGUACAUUUAUCUCCAAAAACAUCUUAUUCAAGCCGUAAUUGGAUGGAAAUUGCCUAUGGUACAUUAUCUGGUCGUGUAUGCCUAAUAGUUCAACAUCCAGAAACGGUUGGUUACAGUCCUCAAUUGUUUCAAACUUUUAAUGUUCAUCGGUCAAUGGUUACACGUGUUGUAUUAUCAGAGAAAUAUUUGAUCUCAGUGUGCAAUGAAUUUCAUCACGUCCGUACAUGGAAGGUGACACGUUUCCGUGGAAUUAUCAGUACACAACCGAGUUCCACACCCGUAGGUUCAUUUCAUAUGACUAUACUGGAUACAAAUAAUGCCACACAACAAUUAGUCGAUUGUAUUUUAGAAGCUGCUCAAAAAUGUCACAAACAAAAUUUGAAUUCAGCAACACAGAAUGAAAUAGUUCGAGCUCAUUCUGUCCUUGGCACUAAUUUAUCACGUAAUAAUAAUAAUAAUAAUAAUAAUGAUAAUAAUAAUAAUAAUAAUAAUAAUAAUGAUAAUACAGUUAAUGAUACAUCGAAUCGUAUCAAUCCCUUAUCUUACAAUUCGUCCCACCGGCAUCCACAUGGUUCAAAUUCACGUUCAUCUAGUGCUCAAGGUGUUUCGCAUGAUUUAUUGACUUCUCCAUCAACAUCCUCACCAUUAUCGUCAUCUCAAUCUGAUACUCACCAGCAAAAUAAUUUCAACGCCAAUAUGUCAGCUGUUUGUUCAUCGAAUAGACUUCAGUCACUUGAUAUAUCAUCAAAUAUAAUUCAAUCGAAUUCGUCUAAUGCUCUUAGAUCAAAUCUAGGUAAUGAAGCAGAAGGAUUUGGUGAUAUGUUUGCAAAUACACAAUCAGAUAUCGUUGUUCUUCCACGUACAACAUGGCUUCAUGAAGAUGCCUCUGGGUUACACAAUCAAUCCGAUAAUGAGUUGUGCAGUUCAAAUGAUCAAACUGAUACAAAUUCCUCGGAGAAUAACCUCAAUACUGUGACUAAUACCAAUACUAUUGAUAAUGAUGUUACUAACAAUCAUAAUAGUAAUCAUCGAGCCAAAAAUCGUUCAUCAUCUGCUUGUAGAGGUUUACAACAGUCUGUUCGACGUUAUGAUAAUGAAUGCACUAAUUGUAAUAAUAAUAAUAAUAAUAUCAGUAUGAAUAGUUGUAAAACUAGUAGCCAAAAUAAUAAUACCUCUAUUACUGAUACUUCUACUAGUAAUAAUCAUAAUAGUACGCAUAAACACAUAAUUCGUCCAAUAAUUGAUGUGCAUAAACAUGCUAAUAAUCCUGGUCCAUACGGCGAACGAGAAGAUGUUUUGGUAUUUGUACAAAAAUUAACACCUCAAGCCAAUCAGUUAUUUGUACGUUUAGCUUCUACGGGUAAAAGGAUAUGUGUUAUUCACUCUGUUGAUCGAAGUUCUAUCACUUCGUUUACUGUACAUGAACAUGAUGGAUUUAAUCGAGUUGGUGCUCAUCCAAGACGAUAUAUAUUUACAGGUCAUUCAAAUGGUACGAUUCAAGUUUGGGAUUUAACAACAGCAUUGAAUCUUUCAAGAACUGGUUCCGGUUUACCUGGUCCUAUAAUGACCAUCCCGAAUUCAUCAACAAUAAAUACAGAUGGAACAUACAAUUUUUCGCACGGAUUUAUCUUCAGACGCUUUUGGUUUUUCACCGGCUCUUCAUUUUAUUUUCGGUCUGGAUUUGUCGAGAUUGCUGAGUUUUAAUUUGGAUCAUGAAUCGCUCAAUAUUAGACGACCAUUGAAAACCUGGAAGCACUAAAUGACAGUUUCGUCCUACUAUGGAACUCUUCAGCAGUACUUGUCUACGGUUCCACGCACGAGAUUAUAACCCAGGACCUUCGAUCUCGCCCAAGAUCCCUUAACCUUUAAACUACUGAUCCGACAUUCAACAGUAUUGAUGCCGAACUUUACCAACCCACGAUGUCACGCGACCAUCUUUCGUUGUCUUCAAUGGGUAACUGCUUGAUCACUGAUCACGACUUCUCACCAGAACUCCGAGAAUUCUCUCUCGAUUCUAAUCACUAGUGAACAUAUGAUAAAUUUCAGUUUGGGGUUGUAGAGAUUGUUGAAUUUCAUUGAAAUCAUAAACCGAUCAGUGUGAUAUAUAUAUGGCGUACCAUAAAUUGUUUUGCUAAUAGUUCUUUUUGGUCUUUAUGCAAUGGAUUUUUUAGUCAAAACUGACUGGAUCAAAUCUAGUGUUAACAGAUCAGAAAACAUUUUCUCUCUUUACUUUAGAAAUCACAUCUUAUCCUAAUGGGAUAAUUAAUAAUAUGAAUUCUUAUGGAGGGAACACUAUGCUUAUGAUUGGUGCCAAUUCUAAUGGAUUGUUAAAUAAUUCAAACAAUGUUCAAAUUUAUCCUAAUCAUAUUUAUUAUAAUAAUCAAUGUUUAUAUGGUACAGAUUAUUAUCAUGGUUGUGUUAUUGGUGGACCGACAUCAUCGGAAUUAUUAAGAUUAUUAGAAAAUUGUCAGCUUGGUUUCUCAUCUGGUGCAUCCAGUAUGACAGCUUUAUGCUCAGAACGUUUAACACCGGCAGAUUCAUUAAAUUCAAUUAUUCACCAUUCAGGUUUGUGAUAUUGAUUUGGAAACUUUUUCAUUUCUCGCCCUCCUCCUCCUCCUCCUCAUCAUCAUCAUAAGGAGGUUGUUUCUGAACUAUUUAUAUAGCAUCACCUUAUUGACUUUUUGAUUAAAUCAUCGAAAACUUUAUUUUUAAUAUUAUGUAACAAUCAUAUCAAAUAUAUGAUUUAGAAAAUCUCUUUAUUAUCUAACUAACUAACUAACACAUUGUUCUGUUUGCACAAUUUAGGAAACAUUAUUAAUUAGACACAAACUACCAGUUUUGUACUCACUGUAUCUUGUCGACCGGUUUAUUCUUUAUUUUAUUUUAUUUUGUUUAUUUAUUUAUUUAAUGAAUCGAACUGAAAGAAGGGUUACUGUUACUCUCUCCCUCUCUCUCUCUCUUUCUCCUUCUCCAUAUAGUAUAAUCAUUGCAUUGUCAAUCAACAUCAUUAGAUCCUUUUCUUUCUAUCAGUUUCAUUCAUUUAAUUCUGUACUCAUUUGGUUAUUCUUCUUCUUAUUUUCUCUUUUUUUCUUCUUCAUUCCUUGAAAUAGUCUUCAGCAUUAAUUGGAUAGUUUCUUACAUUAACAAAGAUUAAGUAAUACUUAUUGUAAUGAAUAGUGUUAUUCAUUACUAUGUAUGUAUUGAUUUAUACGGUUUGUUAAAAGAAACACUAUUCACUUAUUAUUUCCUGUUUAUAUAUAGUGACAGGGAUUACUAUUAUUAUUAUUAGUGUAUUGUUUAAUCCUUUUUUUAAGUUAUGUAAUGAAGAUUAUAUUCUUUACAUGAUUGAUUGAUUGAUGGUUAUUUGUUAACUGAUUGAGUGAAUGUUAAAUUUACUUCUUGUUUUCUGUUGAAAUUUCAAAUAGUAAAUAAUUAGUUUUUAAUAGUUGAAUUCAUGAGUCAAUUGAAACUAGACCACCAUUGAAAAUCUGGAAGCACUGGACGACUGUUUCAUCCUAUUAUGGGACUCUUCAGUAGUGCGCAUUCACGAUCCUACCUCCCAUGAGAUUCGAACCCAGGACCUAUUAGUCCACGCAAGCGAGCGCAAUGCUGAGGAGUCCCAUACUAGGAUCAAACGGCUAUCCAGUGCUUUCAGGUUUUCUAUGGUGGUCUAACUUCAAUGGACUCAUGAAUUCAGAUAUUAAAAACUACUAUAAUAUCCACAAAAAUUCCUCUCCGACAAUAAUUCAUUCUUACAAUUUAUGAAUAUUUAGUGUUGUUGAAAGUAAAAGUUUAAUGUCAUUUAAUGAAUAGUACGUGAUAUCUUGUUGUUGAAAUUACCGAGUAUUUUUUUCCUCCAUCUUCAAGUACUUUAUUUAUUUAAUAAAAUUAUUUGAUUAUCA